CAUCGCCAAGAUCCUUCGGCCACCGUCGUCGUCGUCCUACUCGUUCUCGUCCUCGUCUUUGUCUGCCCGAUGAUCCGGCGCACCCCGCGGCAACGGAGUUGGGUAUGCGCACAUCGCUACUGUCCGCGGCCGUGGUCCACGGGGUGCCAGCAAAGGUCGAACUCUGUUUUGCGGGACUGAGGAGCCACCUAUCCACCCACCAUGACUCCUUUGACUGGGCUGUUGGGACGAUCGGCGGGCCGGCCGCUCAAUCGCUCGCUAGCAAUCCCACGCUUGCACGGCGCUGGCCGCCUGGGAUCGCCGAGGCCGAAUGCCACUACCGAGCAGGUUUACGGAUACAUCCAGCUUCCUCUUGUCGCGAUGAGGGUGGGUUUCCACGGAUAUGAGCGCACGGGUUGGAAUACCGUGUACGGCAAGUCAUCGCCGGGCCGCAUGCAAUGCGACAACACCACGGCAGUUCAACGCCAACCGGGUGAGGCCUUUUUUCCUCUCCUCUCCCUCGAUGCCAUCGACGCCCAUCGCAACAGCAGACUCUGCCGUUGCAGCCCUCGGCGGGCGUGCGUCUCCCGGGGUGUCGCGGACAGGGCCGCCAAAGUCUAUCGGUGUCGUGCUACGGACCCUGGAAUACUAUGGAACGUUCAAAGUUAGUUUUUGUAAUUAGUUUUUUAUUUUUUUCCUCCGCCCGCGCGGUGGCUUAUGGCGAUUGCAAUCCCGAC